UCUGUUCUGUUCUGCUGUGGAGUGGAAAAGUGGAGAGGAAAGGAGUGGAAUGCACAGGAGCUGCGUGUCCAAGCCUCACAAUUAGGUUUGGACCAACCCUAUGAGCAAAAAGACGCUAAAAAGACGCUGAAAAGACCUAUUUUUGGUUGAAAAGACGUUGAGAAUACAUAUUCUCAACCACUUUUGCACACUGGGAAGCUACCCUGGGACUAGUGUCUUGUGACAGUCUAAUAUCGAAUAUCUGAUUUGCUUCUUGUAGGUGCCAACAUUACCCAGACACAGGACAAGAAGACGUACUGUGACGAGGAAGAGGCUCUUUAUAUUUUGGACUGGCAACAGUAGCCUGGAGCGGCAGCAGCGAAUGCUGAGGGCGAGGCCAUCGAGGCCGCAGUGUUUAGAAACAGAAUAGUAAUGGCUGUUCAAACUGCAAUCAUGAACUCUCCGUUCAUCAACUUCUGUUUCCCUGGGUCGGUCAUGAUGGAGUACGACAUGGAUCAGAGCCUGGACGGGAGUCUGCUGGAGGAGAGUGAGGAGAGAGGAGAAUACAAAGAAACCACCAGGAAUCUGCUCAGCUUCAUAGACUCAGCCUCCAGCAACAUCAAACUGGCUCUGGAUAAGCCAGUGAAGUCUAAAAGGAAAGUCAACCACCGCAAGUACCUGCAGAAGCAGAUCAAGAGAUGUACAGGCUUCAUCAGUCCAACAGGGAACCCAGCAGCAGCUCCAGGGGCAGGGGCCAACAAGAGAAAAGGCUCUGGCUUUCCCACCCAGACCCAGCCUCAGACCCAGCCUCAGACCCAGCCCAGCCCAUUCCAGCAAGGCAAACCCGUCCACAAGCGCGACGGACUACAGGCCAACCUCCAGACCAAGAGUCUGGCUGCCCUCUUUAACUCGGUCAAGGAGCCUGUCAGGGGGGAGAGAGCCAAGAAGCCUCCCCUGAGGCACCGUAACCUUCCCCCAUCCUUUUUCACUGAGCCGGCCAACACCACCACCACCUCCCGAGUCACGUCCACCUCGGGCACGUUCCUGGGUGAUCUGGAACGGGGAGGGGGGAACCCGGACUUCUUUGACCUGCUGGGGCCGGACUACAGUAACAUGCUCAGUGACCAGGACGUGUUUCAGACUCGCGGCCUGCCCAGUAGGAUCAUCGACCAGGACUUGUUUCAGACUCGGGGCCUGCCCAGUAGGAUCCUCCAGCACCAGCAGACUCAGGACAUAACAGACCAGGUCUCGCCCUACGACCCUCACCAUCUAGUGGGAGGAUUCUUGUAUACAGAGCCUUGGAGUACCUCUUCUCCUUCUAAGAAGGCAGGGGAGGGCGUACGGACGGGCCCAGGACCACAGACACCCCUGUACUGCCAGGCAGGUGAGGGCGUACGGACGGGCCCAGGAACACAGACACCCCUGUACUGCCAAGCAGGAGAGGGCGUACGGGCGGGCCCAGGAACACAGACACCCCUGUACUGCCAAGCAGGAGAGGGCGUACGGACGGGACCAGGAACACAGACACCCAUGUCUGCCAGGCAGGAGAGGGCGUACGGAGGGCCCAGGAACACAGACACCCCUGUACUGCCAAGCAGGAGAGGGCGUACGGGACGGACCGGAACACAGACACCCUGUACUGUCACUCUGUGUCUGACUCCUCUGUGA